AUGGCGCGCUCUCAGUCAAAGUCACGGCCGGGUAGUAGCGAGCGCGACAUGUGGUCGACUUUGCUGGACAAAGUGGCCAGCGGCAAGAGGCUGCCCGACAAGAAGUUGAUCGUGCUAGGCGGCUCCCAAGAAUCACAGCGCGACUUUGUCGAUUCGCUGGCACAACAACAGCAACAGAAGACGACACGCUUACGGAAACCCGAUCAGAAGAAUGCUGCUCCUCCACUGGCCACUCGCUUCGGAUUGGGCUAUACCUACCACAAUGUCUUCGACAGCGACCACGAGGACAUGGUCGCGAGAUUGUCGCUCUACACCCUGACCAGCCCCGACAAGCAGUAUGCACCUCUGCUUACCCGUCUCCUCACUCCCGAUGCCAUUCCCAAUACCGCUGCUGUUAUUCUACUCGAUUGGGCCAAGCCGUGGGACUUCAUUCACACCCUGCGCCAAUGGACCCGCCUGCUCAACCUCGUUACUUCUUCCCUCGACGAAACAGCUCAAGAAGCUCUGCAAGAGAACAUGUCUGCAUGGCAACACCGUCGCGAUCGCGAUAUAGCUACCUCGAUGACCGACAACCACACUCCUCUUCCCCUGGGCCCUGGCGAGCACGACGAUCCCUUAGGCCUUCCACUUCUAGUAGUCUGCCAGAAUGCACAGCACAUUGAAUCUCUGGAGAAAGAGCGAGGAUACCGCGAGGCACACUUCGACUACAUUCUGCAAUUCUUGAGAACAGUACUGCUCAAACACGGUGCUGGUCUCGUCUACACCAUGCCCGCCCAACCAGGCUCCCUCCAACCCCUCGUCCACCACGCUCUAGACAUCAACUCUUCACCAGACGGCCCACCAAAACACAACGUCGUCGAUCGCGAUAGAGUCCUCGUACCACCAGGCUGGGAUAGUUGGGGCAAAAUCCGCGUCUUGCGUGAAGGCUUCGACGUCGAAGGCGUAAGCAGAGCCUGGGGCGUAGAAAUCCAAGACCUACCUUCCACCCCCUCAUCUCCCACACAACCCACAACACCCGAAGCCCAAACCGCCGGGGGCGCAGCAGAACCCUCUUUCGUGGCAGAACAAGACACAACCAUAACACUCUACGAACAACAGAUCCAGAACCCACACCCACCCGCCCCAUCGCUGCCGAAAUUAGAAGUGGAAUGCACGCCUGAUCAAACCUUCCUCGCCACACAAGCGGAAACUCUGGAUAGGUACAGAGCAGAAGACGAAGCGGCGAAGAAGGCCAGAGAAGCCCGUCGCGUGGCUAGUGGAACAGGCGGUCCUACGAGCAGCAGCAACGAUGAAACCGGUGCAAGAGCAAUGGCCGAACACGUGGGCCCUGUACAAUUCAACAUGGGCGGUAUCCAAUACGAUGCCGAUGAAGUUAUCCGUCGCUUGAAGGAUCGCAACAAGCCAGCAGCAGCACAAGCGAGUCCAGGUGGUGUUUCCACACCUUUCAGUCCCCAAUCUCCUUCCUCGAACAAUGCUCAAGACAGCAGUAAAGAUUUACCCACAGAAAACCUGGAAGCCUAUUUUGCUAGUUUGAUGAAGGGAGGAAGGGGUGCCAGUGCGCAGAAUAGUCCGAGACCUACGAGGGAUGCUGGUGUGUAG